UCAAUUUUUUUCCUAAAACUUUAUUGAAGUCACAAAAUAGUCCCAAAAUUGCACCACCGCCUUCCUGCAUUCUCCGCCUCGGUGUUUGUCUGGUCUCUUCCUCUCUCACGCGCCGCUGGUUGGUGGAAGGGGGCGGCGGUGGCAACAACGGCACGGCGAGGUCACACCCGGAAGGAAGGGGGAAAGGUUGGGGACGAUGGAUACAGCCAGAGGGGAAGUGUCGGAGCGUCUGUGAGCGGUGCUGCGAACACCCGGUUCAGAGGAGGAUGUCAUUUAUUUUUCAUGAAGCUGUUGUGCGGUCUACUUUCUAAAGGGGCUCUUCUAAAUAACCAGCACUGGAUUUUACAGCCGGGUCUUUUAACAGAUCUUACGACCAACCAUGAAGUCUGAAAUACUUUGGAUGUUUUUAUGCAGUGUUGUACAUUGCACUGCUGAUUCAAGCUGCUAGGAACAAUUGAUUUUUAUUUUUUUCGCAUUUUAAGAGCCAACACCUCUGAAGUAUUGAUCUUUUUUCUGUUUGUAUUUUUGACUACAUACAGUCACCCUUUUGAUUUUGGAUCAUUGUAGCUAUUAAUGGAAUGCAGUCAUGUCCACCCAGGACGAAAGGCAGAUCAAUACUGAAUAUGCCGUCUCCUUACUGGAACAGCUGAAACUGUUCUAUGAACAGCAGCUACUAACAGACAUAGUGUUAAUUGUUGAGGGCACUGAAUUUCCAUGUCACAAAAUGGUUCUCGCUACAUGCAGCUCCUAUUUCAGGGCAAUGUUUAUGAGUGGACUGAGUGAAAGUAAGCAAACACAUGUACAUCUGAGAAAUGUGGAUGCAGCUUCUUUGCAGAUUAUUAUAACAUAUGCAUACACGGGUAAUUUGGCAAUAAAUGAGAGCACUGUAGAGCAGCUAUACGAGACCGCUUGCUUCUUACAGGUGGAUGAUGUGCUGCAACUCUGCAGAGAAUAUUUAAUCAAAAAAGUCAAUGCCAAAAACUGUGUUCGGCUGAUGAGCUUUGCGGACCUGUUCAGCUGCGAAGAGUUGAAGCAGAGCGCCAAAAGAAUGGUAGAGCACAAGUUCACUAGUGUGUACCGCCAGGAUGCGUUUAUGCAGCUAUCAAGUGAACUUUUGAUAGAUCUUGUAAGCAGUGACAAUCUGAAUGUGGAAAAGGAAGAGACUGUCAGAGAGGCCGCAAUGUCAUGGCUGGAUUACAACACAGUGUCACGCUCCCAAUACUUGUCGACCGUGCUAAGCCACCUACGUAUCGAUGCUCUGUCAGAAGUUAUUCAGCGGGAAUGGUUCCAAGGAUUGCCACCCAAUGACAAGUCUGUAGUAGUUCAAGGACUUUACAAAUCAAUGCCCAGAUUCUUUAAACCAAGACUUGGUAUGACAAAAGAGGAGAUGAUCAUAAUCGUUGAAGCUGCUUUGGAAAACCCUGGUUGUUACUCCACAAUCUGUUACAGUCCUCAGGCAGAGAAGGUUUACAAGCUUUGCAACCCACCAUCUGAGCUACUUAAAGUGGGGGCUGUCGUGUCUCCUGAUAAUGACAUUUAUAUUGCUGGAGGGCAAGUGCCCUUAAAGAACGCCAUAAGCAAUCACAACAAGCCGGGCAAACUUCAGGCCACUUUCAGGACUGUGAAUAGUUUUUACUGGCUUGAUGCCCAGCAAAAUACUUGGAUUCCAAAGACCCCUAUGUUGUGCGUUCGCGUAAAGCCUUCUUUGGUGUGGUGUGAUGGAUACAUCUAUGCAAUAGGAGGAGAUAGUGUUGGUGGAGAACUCAAUCGAAGGACUGUGGAAAGAUAUGACUGUGAGAAGGAUGAGUGGACAUUGGUGAGCCCUCUUCCAAGUGCAUUUCAGUGGAGCGUUGCUGUUGUAGUCCACAAUUGCGUUUAUGUAAUGGCUUUUAAUCUUACAUAUUGCUUCAUUCCACGGUCUGGCAUCUGGGUAGAAAUGGCAAAGAGGCAAACUAGUAGAUGUUUUGCAUCUGCUGCAGCCUUUAAUGGCAAAAUCUUCUACCUCGGAGGCUUGCAAACAGACAAUUCUGGUGUAAGGCUACCAUCUGGCACUUUGGAUGGCUCUUCUGUUGCAGUGGAAGUAUAUGAUGUGCAUAAGAAUGAAUGGUACAUGGCAGCCAAUAUUCCCGCCAAACGAUUUGCUGAUCCGUGUGUUCGAGCAGUGGUCAUCUCAAAUUCCUUGUGUGUUUUUAUUAGGGAGACGCACAUGAAUGAAAAAGCAAAAUAUGCCAUUUAUCAAUACGACAUGGACCUUGACCAGUGGUUUCUGCGGCAGCAGAUAUCUGAGCGUGUGCUUUGGGAUUUGGGCAAAGAGUUUCGAUGCACUGUAGGAAAGCUCUACCCGUCAUGUCUAGAAGUAUCUCCAUGGAAGCCUCUAACACAUGUUUUUUCUCAAGAUGGCGCAGAUGACUUUGAACUUGAUGGAAACAUGGUUACCUUACCCCCAGUAUAGCUAUCUACAAGCAGGAGACUGCGCGUAUGCAUGGCUGUGUUUCUGCAAUGAGAAGUCUUUAGGACUACAUAAAGUGGGCUUGGAGAAAUAUGUUUGCGUUGCUUACUAUUCAGACCUUAUUUUUAUGCCCUAAGUAACAUUUGUAAUCUUUAAUGCAUUUAUAUAGGGAGAUAUGCUUCCAUUAUGAAAUAUUUGACCAGCUUAUGGGAAACGAAAACUUUAUAUAUUCCAGCCUUGGCGUUUGUUGACGAAGAGCAUUUAAAUUGUAUCCCUGUGACAUUUUCCUUCCUCUUCCCCUUCCUUAAUUGCGAAAAGAUGCUUUAGUUUUAUUUUAUUUUUUCAUUUUUUUUUUUUUUUUUUAGAUCCACCUAUCAAUGGAAUUGCAAGUAUAUAUGCUUUCUGAGAAAAAUCUUCCAUUAUCCAUACUCCUUUUUAGUUAGCAAUCCAGUUUGUGUGCUGGACUAUACAAACAUAUGUGCAUUGUCACCCGAUCUACUAUGUUUCUCUCCAGGGAUAAAUGUGCUUACUUUAAGACCUCUCGCUUUCUUGAAAAUCCUCAAGAUCGCCUCCUCAGUUGACUUACUACUGUAGGUAAAUGGCUUUUCCUUUCCAUGAUAUUUACUCCAAGAGGCAUAACUGUAGUGGCGCAAUCUCAUCUCCAGAAAGAACAUAUCUCAAGCUUUUUUUUUUUUUCUCUCAGUGCUAUGUAACAAACGUAUAGCGCGUGACGUAAACUAACAAACCUAGAGCAAGCUUGACUUGGAAGUAGUCGGUGAAAUAUGCAGAAAGCCUGCAAACCUAUUAUUUUUUACAAAGUGAUUUAUCACCAAAGUCCCACUUUAACAUGUAAAAAUUUUAUAUAUAUAUAUAUAUAUAUAUAUAUAUAUAUAUAUAUAUAUAUAUAUAUAUAUAUAAAAAAAUAAUCUCUCUAUAUCUGGGGAAAUGUAGUGUUUCACUUGGUAACACAGGUCAAUUAAAAUGACUGCAGGCUCAGUCAGGCUGUGCAAGGAGCAUGUGUUUCUGUCGUCAAUAACCUGGACCUUUCUGUUGUAGAAUACAGGUCUUCCAAUAUGGCCUUGUGACAUUCUUUCUGGCGUAACCGGGCAUCCAACCUAUUUGCCAGCCCCUCAUAGUACAGGUCCCUGUGGAGCAUUAACCCUUUUACAGUGACUGCAGUAAAGGGACAAAAGGAGCGCCCAUCCUCUGUAACGGUGAUGGGAGCUCACGCAUUCAGAAAACUGCUGCUGUCUUUCUUUCCCUUCCCACAUUUGUACAUUUAGUGUCGGAUUACCAGGUCUUAUAUCAUUUUUAACUUAACAAGCAUUUACUGUAGUGUGAUUGUGUAUUGGUAUACCCUAUAUUUUUUUUUUUUUUUUUUUUUUCUUGGGAAGGGAAACAAACUGUUCAGGAAUAAUUUACUUGGCACUCUUAGGUGCACAAGAGAGCAGAUGCCCUUGUGCUGCUCUGGCAUUACUAUCAAUCCCAGGAACCACUAGCAGUAGAGGGGCACCAUCGCCAACUCAACAUGGGCACAGGUGCUUCAUGACAAACCCUACUAGCAUGUUCAGCUGCAUCAUGUUCUGGCACUGUAUUUUGAAUGACCUUAAUUUAUUAAAAAAGAUAUUAAAAUGAA